UAUCUCUUUUACAAGGUCCACUUUGUCAUGAAUACCAUUUUUUGAUUACUCUGCCAGAUUAUGGAAUCGACAAGUAUGAUAUUGGAUUGGCUUUUGGCCAUUUUGGAAUCGCUGUUGAGGAUGUUGCGAAGUCAGUGGAACUCAUAAAGGCUAAAGGAGGCAAAGUAACCAGGGAACCAGGUCCUGUUAAAGGAGGGAAUACAGUUAUUGCUUUUAUUGAAGAUCCAGAUGGUUACAAGUUUGAACUUUUGGAGAGGGGUCCAACACCUGAGCCCCUAUGCCAAGUGAUGCUUCGAGUUGGAGAUCUUGACCGUGCCAUAAAUUUUUAUCAGAAGGCUUAUGGUAUGGAGCUUCUUCGCACACGAGACAAUCCUGAAUACAAGUAUACAAUAGCAAUGUUGGGAUAUGGUCCAGAAGACAAAAGUGCUGUGAUGGAGUUGACAUAUAAUUAUGGUGUAAGCGAAUAUGACAAGGGAAAUGCAUAUGCACAGAUAGCUAUAGGCACAGAUGAUGUGUACAAGACAGCAGAAGCGAUAAGACUCGGGGGUGGAAAGAUUACCAGGGAACCAGGACCGCUACCUGGUAUCAGCACCAAGAUAGUAGCAUGCCAAGAUCCUGAUGGUUGGAAAGCGGUUUUCGUCGACAAUAUAGAUUUUCUCAAGGAAUUGGAGUGAGCUAUAUUCUGGAAGAAACUAUCAGACAUAUUCAUAACACCUUGAGCACGAGGAUGCUUCAUAAAAUUAUUCCCUCACCUUUGGCAAAUGAUACGAGGAGAUUCUCAUCAAUGAAGGUGCUUUUCAUUUGUGUAUAGAGCUGCAGAAAUUGCGUUUUCCCCUUUCCACUAUGUACCAUUCAUCUUGUUCUUUCCUUGUAGUUGGACCAUGCGAAUUGCUCAUCUGUUGCCUUCAGUUGCUAGUUGCAAAUUUCAUUGUUGUAAUUGAUCUGCUGCAAAUUUUGUUCUAAUAAAAAGGAUGAGCCUUUGUGAAAAUCCAUCUUUGAAUAUCUUUUGUCCAACUUAGUUUUAUAAUGGAAAUGGUUUUGAA